AUGAACCCCCGGUCUCGAUGUGGUGCCUGUGUAGUCUUAAAUAGAGGAUGUCAUCCACAGUGCAUUUUUGCUCCUUAUUUUCGUUGUGAGAGUGGUACUGCUCAUUUUGCUACUGUUCGUGAAGUUUAUACUAUCAGAAAUGUCGUCAACCUCUUGACUCCGCUUUCGGGUGAGAGUGCAGUCAUAUCUCACAUUCUUGCUCUUCAGCAACAGGUUAGUGAGCUGCAAGCCUAUCGAGCUUAUUUGCAAGAUUCACUAUUCGCAUAUUAUUCUUCGCAUCCCCAACUUGUUCCUCCAUUUGAUCCAAAUUUCAACUGGAGCUCUAGUCCUCCCACCAUCCCAGAGGCUACUCUACCUCACCCUGGCGAAACGAGCAGCAGCCAGAUGCCGCUCUUGGAUGACCUUGAUGAGCUAGGUCCAGUCAUCUUUGGCCACCGCCGACGUCCUUGA